AUGGCAUCAUCCGGAUCCCAACACACCAUAACCUUCAAGCGGGCAAAGACAGUUCCACCGCUAUUUCUAGCUGGCUCCUUCGCUGAAUCUAAUUGGAAGCCCCAGGAGAUGAAUGCCAGUCGAGAUGAAGAUGGAGAAUACACCUUUACCGGAACGGUGAACGCAAUUCCAGGCCACGAGUACCAGUACAACAUUAAGUCUGGGGAGCAAGGGCCGUGGAUUUAUGAUAAGGAUCAAGCUCUCGUCGUUCCCAAGUCUUCCCCGUCAAGACCAACAAAGGAUUAUUCUGCAGGACUACCUCUGAGGCAAGCUGGGGCAAUUGCGGGUGAUCGGUCAUCCACACCCGCCAGGAUAGUUGCCGAAACCGCUGCGGAAGUUGCAGACACGGCAGAACAACUAGACAAGGAUUCUGAGCAGACGACAUCUGGCUACACAUGGGUCAAAGAGGAGCCACUAAGAAUGCCCCUUUUCGCCCACGAAAGCUUUGGGGCUUAUGAGUUCCUCGCAGAUGAUGCACUUGAUCAUGAUCAAGUCGAUGAUGCCCCAAGCCCACAUCGGCCACGAAAGGAGUCGAAGGACUACUCAUUGGAUGAAGUAGAUGUUAAUGACCCAACAAUUGAAUCAUUUCCCUCGGAUCGAUCUUCUGUCAUGGACACCCUUCGCAAGAUUCAAUCGAGCGUUGACAGCCAACCGAUUUCCAUCGAAACUGCAUCCCCAAUCGCGCUCGAGCACGGCGACGAUUUUGCGAUAAGCGGCUCCUUGUCUCCCAAGAGCCCAGCGUCGUCUGACAGACGAGAAGGUAGACUCUCGCACAGCAGUUAUGGGAACAAACGAUCUACUGCGUCUUUGACUUCGAUCGCAGAAGAAGGUUCCAAGCCGAUUCAGACUCCAAAUUUAGGCUCGAAGUCAGGAAAACCCAGAACCGCAAGGCCAAGUUUUGGCGAGGUCUUCGAACUCUCACAAACACCCCCAAGCGACGACGACAAAGGAAUGAUUAUGAAACAGAAAAAAAAGCCGGGCCUAGCCGUAGACUCAGAUGGUCUUUUGAGCUAG